CUUUCUAUCACCAUCUCGUCCUGGACCCAGACCAAGACCCAGACGAGGUGUAAACAUUACUGGUGGGCGGGAGGGAAGAGCGGCUGCUAGUGAUCCCUUGCGUGGUGAUGGCUGGCGACGCUUUCCUGGUGGAGUGCAGUGACGAGGAGGUGGACAAAGGCUUCACCAAGACCUCCUAUGGGUACGAGCCGAGCAGUGCCGAGGUGGUGCGGCUGUACGAGGCGCUGGCCCAGGAUGGCACCCUGAGCCUGGCCUGGCGGUGGGAGUUGGGCCGCCGCCUCCCUACGCCCUCCCAAAGUGACUCCCAGAGUGAGAAGGAGGAGGAGGAGUCAGAGAAAGUGGACACAUCAGGGUUUGACUUUGACGAGGACACCCCCUCCAUGCGGCCCGCCCCUCGCCGCACGCCGGGCAGCUCGGGUCUCAAGGGCAGCGCCAAGAAGAAGACCACAAACUUCGAGAACAUUCUGGCCAAUGUGAGGCGACACAAGAAGUUGGAGUUUCGGGAGAAGAGUCGAAGCAGGAAGGAGAGCAAGAAGUAGAGGGGGUGUGCUUGUGUGUGUGUGUGUGUGUUAGGUUAUAAGGACAACAGUAACAAGAUUAUAAGGAAAACAAGAGGGAGAUUAUAUGGAAAGGAAGUGUGUGUGUGUGUGUGUGUGUGUGAGAUAAGAUUAUAAAAACAACAGGAAGACUAUAGGAAGGAAAGCACCAGUAAGAUUAUAAGGAAAACAUUAUUAACAAAUUAUUAUAAGAAAGCAGUGAGAUUGUAUGGAAGGUGUGUGUGUGUAUGACUGAUUGGUGUGACUUGAGACAGAGAGGAAUGUAAGAUUAUGAGUUGUGUAGAAAGAAAAAUGGUGUUUUUGUAUGGGUAUUUGGCAUGAGGUGGUGUCUUUGGUAAUGUUUGAUUAAGAGUACCAGGGUGGGACAUGUGGGUGUUAGAAUAAAGGAAAUUCAAGAA